AUGCGGUUAUUGUUGCGCGGUCGCAAGCUACUGCUUGCGGUCAGCGCCUGCCUGAUCGUGAUCAUUCUACUCUGGAAGUGGGCGGACGUUCGGGCGGUUUGCUUCGGUGGAAGCGGUGCGCACAGUGCCGGCGUAAUGGUGCGGGAUGAUCAAAGUGUGAACGGUGAGAGCAACUAUCGGUACCACCGAAAUAUGCCGCUAAUCUUUAUUGGCGGUGUGCCGCGUUCCGGCACGACCCUAAUGCGUGCCAUGCUGGAUGCCCAUCCGGAAGUGCGCUGCGGGCAGGAAACGCGUGUGAUACCGCGCAUCCUGCAGUUGCGCUCGCACUGGAUGAAGUCGGAAAAGGAGUCGGUGCGGCUCGUCGAAGCCGGCAUCACGAAGGAGGUGCUGAACGGGGCCAUCGCCCAGUUUUGUCUCGAAAUCAUUGCGAAGCACGGCGAUCCGGCACCGCGGCUUUGCAACAAGGAUCCGCUCACGCUCAAGAUGGGCUCGUACGUGAUCGAGCUGUUCCCGGCGGCAAAGUUUCUGUUCAUGGUGCGGGACGGACGGGCCACCGUGCACUCGAUCAUCUCGCGCAAGGUGACAAUUACCGGGUUCGAUUUGACCAGCUAUCGGCAGUGUCUUACCAAGUGGAACCAGGCCAUACAGACGAUGCACGAGCAGUGUAAGGAAAUCGGCAGCGAACGCUGCAUGAUGGUGUACUACGAGCAGCUCGUGCUGCAUCCCGAGGAGUGGAUGCGGAAGAUACUGCACUUUCUUGACAUACCCUGGAAUGAUUCGGUGUUGCACCACGAGGAAUUCAUCAACAAGGAGAACGGUGUGGCACUGUCGAAAGUGGAACGAUCAUCGGAUCAGGUCAUAAAACCAGUCAAUUUGGAAGCACUCUCCAAAUGGGUCGGAAAGAUUCCUAGCGAUGUGGUGCGGGAUAUGGCGGAUAUAGCGCCAAUGCUAUCAGUGUUGGGCUACGAUCCAUAUUCUAACCCGCCGGACUACGGCAAACCGGACACGUACGUCCAAGAGAACACCUACAAGGUCCGUUCCAAUCCACAAAUGUGGGAGCAUAGGGCAAAGGAGCUUCUCAACCGGGAAGCGAUGGCCGAUAACGUUCCACCGAAAGCGAAAGACACGCCCGAGGAUGAUUACGGCGUUGGCAGCAGGGAUAGGAAAACGUGAUGAAACAAUCG